AUGAGCCGACAAGCCGCCCAAGACCCCUCGCCCGGCGAGUCUGUCAGGGAAGAGGAGGAGCGUAUGUACGCCUCUGGCCCUGAAACGCUUGACGAGAUCAACAAAAAGUACCCUCACCGUCCCCAAAACCAUUCCUGCACGCUGUUAUUUGGCGACCUUGUCAAGAUCCUCUUUGAGCCCUUGAAAGACGGCCCUCCCAGCGCCACCCCUGCCGCCAGGGCCCGCGGUCGCAAGCCGAUCACAUCCGCCCAACAUAAACAGAGGACUCUGGACAAAUUCUUUGCACAUUGGCGCAAUGAGGUCGGCAACGACAUCUACCCGGCCAUGCGCCUUAUGAUUCCCCAAGUUGACAACGAUCGACCUAUGUACGGGCUGAAGGAACAGGCCAUCGGCAAACUCAUCGUCAAGCUCAUGAAUAUUGGGUCCAAUUCUGACGACGCCAGAAGCCUCAUCGCCUGGAAGGUCCCGGGCAAAACUGCUGCGAGCCGUUUGGCUGGCGACUUUGCAGGACGAUGCUACGAGGCACUCAAGAAGCGCCCGAUGCGAGCGGAGCCUGGAGAUGUGCGGGUUGCGGAGGUGAACGUGCUUCUUGACAGGCUGGCCGCUGUCAGUCGCGAAGCUGAACAGCUACCAAUACUCGACGAGUUCUACAGGCGAAUGAAUCCCAAGGAGCUGGAGUGGCUCAUACGCAUCAUCCUGAGACAGAUGAAGAUCAGCGCCUCUGAGAGAACCAUGCUGGCAGCAUGGCACCCCGAUGCUUCCCAGUUGUUCAACGUCUGCUCAAGUCUGCGGUAUGUCUGUUGGCACCUAUCGGAUCCCGCAAUUCGUCUCGGUGAUGACAAGAGGAAGCUUUCUCCCAUGUCAAAUUUCCAGCCGCAACUCGCACCAACCUCCAGCACGGCCCUCACUUGGGACAAGAUCGUUCAGAAACUUGGCGUCACAGAGGAAGCACCAGAGUUCUGGAUGGAGGAAAAGCUCGACGGUGAGCGCAUGCAAAUGCAUAUGACACUGGACCCAAAAACUGUCGAGUUCCAAUUUGGGUUCUGGUCUCGUCGUGGGACUGACUAUACCUACCUUUACGGAACCUCAUUCGAUGAUGACAAUUCGGCUCUGACCAGGCACCUGAAAGGUGCUUUUCGCGAAGGGGUGAUUGAUUGCAUCUUGGACGGCGAGAUGAUCGGCUUCGACCCGAAAACGAGCCAAAUGGUAACAUUCGGGACCCUCAAGACUGCGGCCCUCUACACACGAGCCAACCCUUAUGACAAACAGGCUCCAAGGCCUCUGUUUCGUGUCUUUGACCUCUUGUACUUCAAUGGUAAAGACUGUACGGGGUAUCCACUUCGGGAUCGACGUGAUACCCUGGAAGGCAUGAUCAACGAUGUACCUGGACGUCUUGAAAUUCACCCUCGUCUCAUUUGCUCUUCUCCAUCCGAAAUCGAGCCCUAUCUUCGCAAGAUUAUUCAGAACUCUUCCGAAGGCAUCAUGCUGAAGAAUCCAAAUUCAACAUACACUCUCAAUGCUCGCCCCUGGGAUUGGACUAAAGUCAAGCCCGAAUACAUGACCGAGUUCGGAGAAAACCUAGAUUGUGUCAUCAUCGGAGGAUACUACGGCACCGGGAGACGUGGCGGAAUACUGUCUAGCUUUCUCUGCGGAUUGAGGGCAAGCAAGCACGACAUUGACAACGGCACGUGUGGUCCAGAGAAGUUCUUUAGCUUCUUCAAGGUCGGAGGCGGCCUCAAAGCAGAGGAUUACGCAGAGAUACAGCGUCUCAUCCCGGAGGAGAAGUGGCAUGACUGGGACCCCAAACGCGCACGGCAAUAUAUUGAGUUAGCAGGGGACAAAAAUUACUUCGAGAAGCCGGAUCGCUGGGUUCGACCCAGCGAGUCAAUCGUCAUCGAGGUCAAAGCCGCCAGCGUCGAAGACUCCACAUCUUUCAGUGUUCGGAAGACACUGCGUUUUCCCCGUUUCCGUAGCAUACGGACAGACAAGAAGUGGUCCGAUGCCCUCGAUAUCGAUGAAUGGAACGAGCUUCGUUUCAAGGUCAAAGAGGAAGAGAAUGAGAGAAGAGAAAUGCAGAUUGAAAAAAAGAGGAAAGCAGCCAAGAACAAGAGGCAAAAGCGCGAGCUCACGAUUGCUGGUAGCAGCGAUGCCGUGACGGUUGAGAAGUCUAAGCUUUUCGAGGGCAAGUUCUUCUACAUUGCUACCAGAUCCGUCAACUUGAAGAAGAGCAAACUUCAGCUCGAGACCAUGAUCAAAGAGCACGGUGGUUCUAUCGUCCACAAUGCGGUCAGGGUGGCCGAGGGCAAUGCGGUUGCAAUUGCGGACAGAGAGGCCAUACUUGUCCAAUCCCUGUUGAAGAUGGAAGGAGUGGAAUUCUUCAUCAGUCCAAAGUGGGUGCUCGACUGCAUCAAACAACAGUAUCUCCUCCCCUACGAAGACGAUCAUCUGUACCUUGCAACGGACGAUAUGCGUGCCCUCGCUGCGGACAAUACCGACCAGUACGGCGACAGCUACUACCGAGACUUGGAUUCGGACGAGAUGUCGAGGCUCUUUGCCCUCAUGCAAGAGAAUCGCAUGUCAGAUGGCGCCAAGUUCGACAAGAACGCCUUCUACGACCAGCUAGAGGCCCACGGCCACGAGCUGCCGCGGUCAAGGGGGUACCUGUUCCGAAGAUGCCGCGUCUACCUUGCGCACGUGGAGGACAAGCCAAACGCACUGACGACGGCGCGCCUCGAGUCUUGGGUCCGUUUCGGAAACGGCGAGGUAGCAGACGACCUUGAUGAUGGUGUCGUCACGCACGUCAUCAUUGUGAGCCGGGGCGAUGACGCAGGCGCGAAGAAAGUUGCGGCUGACAUCAGGACUCGUGUAAGCCAACGUGGGAGCCUCAAGCGGCCGUAUGUAGUGACCGAGAAAUGGUUGGAGAAAUGCUGGGAGGAGGAGACUCUCGUGGCGGAGGAGCCGUACUUCCCCUGA